UACUCUGAAGCAAACUGAUUGCAUUGAAAUUCAGUGUUUGACAGAAGAGAGAAUCAUGUCUUUUUGUAGAUAUCCUUUCACAGCCAACAAGAGGAUGAAGAACAGGGCGUUAAUAGUGUCUGUGGGCAACUUCUAUCCAGAUGUAGAUCUGAGCAGGAGAAGCGGCGUGAAGAAAGACACUCAAAGGCUUCACAAAAUCCUCACCAAACUCGGCUUCUCUGUGGAAAUCAAAAUAGACAUUGAAGCAAAAGAGAUCUAUGAAGCAUUUAAAGCAGAGAGCGAGAAGACGGUCAAAGACUGUUUUAUGGGCAUCAUAUCCACUCAUGGUGAGGAGGGUGUUGUGUUUGGUGCUGACGGACAUGCCGUGAAACUGUCCGAGAUCUACAGCUACUUCAGAGGCCCGUCAAUGGCGGACAAGAGCAAACUCUUCCUGAUCCAGGCUUGUCGAGGUCACGGGUUGGAUGGAGGUGUGGAGGUGGAGACAGACUCUUCAUCCUCAGAGGAAGAGGACGGCAUGUCUGAGCUUUUUUCCAUUCCUAUUGACACUGCAGUUAUGUACGCCACACCAACAGGUUACGCUGCGUUCAUGCAUCCUACAGGCGCAGUGUUGAUUCAGACUCUCUGUAAUUUGUUGGAAAAGGAAGGAGGUCCAGAUCUGGAGAUCACAAACCUUCUGACUCGUCUAAACUACCAGGUGGCCUACAACUUCCAAGCGAGAGGGGAAAAGUUGGGCGGCAAAAAGCAGAUGCCGUGCUUCGUGACGCGCUUUACCAGAGAAGUUUUCCCGUUCAGCAGGACGGCAGCAGCAGAAGAUUUGAGCUUGACCUUUGCUGCCACAAAACUCAUCGAUGAACCCAGAAGGUUAUAAUAAUAAUAAUCUGUUACAUUCAUAUAGCCUUUUUUUGGGUGCUCAAAGCACUUUACAUGGAAGAGGGAAUCUCCUCAACCACCACCAAUGUGCAGCAUCACCUGGAUGAUGCAACGGCAGCCAUAGUGCACCAGAACGCCCUCCACACACCAGCUUACUGGUGGAGAGGAGACAGUGAUGAAGCCAAUCAGUAUAUGGGGAUGAUUAGCAGGCAAUGAUGGACAGAGGCCAAGGGGCAAAUUUGGCCUGGAUGCUGGGAUUACACCCCUAUUUCUCAAAAGACUUUCUGGACUUUUUAAUGACCACAGAGAGGGUCACGGGAAGAGGUUACAGAAUAGCUCUAUCAGCUGAAGAUCACAAUACAACAGAGGCUAACUAUAAAAAAAUCUGAUGGGGAAACAACUUUAUCUCAGAUAGUCCUUUCUAUAACAUCUCUCAAA